CCGAUCAAACAAGCACUUCAUCAUCACUCUCAAAUACAACCAGCUACAUACAGUUUACAAGUAUAUAUAUUCCCUUUCUUGCCGCUCUCCAUUUGUAAACCAUGGCGUCCCAGGCCAUCGAGAGCCACCGCGCCGGUGCAGAGGUCUGCACCGGAGACGCCGCAUGCAGGAAGAAGUCCAUUGAGCUGCUGGAGGAGCUGGGCCUUCCCAAGGGCCUGCUUCCUAUGGAGGACAUCCAGGAGUUCGGAUACAACCGUGACACGGGGUUCAUGUGGCUGGUGCAGGGGAAGAAGAAGGUCGAGCACACCUUCAAGAAGAUCAAGCAGACGGUGUCGUACGCCGCCGAGGUGACGGCGUUCACUGAGAAGGGUAAGCUGAGGAAGAUCACCGGCGUCAAGACCAAGGAGCUGAUGCUCUGGCUUAGCGUCGUGGAGGUGUACGUCCCCGAGGCCUCGCCCGAGAAGGUCACCUUCAAGACUGGGACCGGCCUCUCGGACAGUUUCGAUGCCGCUGCAUUUGCUCUUGGCGAAUGAGGAAUCAACCUAAAUGAUGUAUUGAUGUGUACGAGAAAAAAAAUAUUAAAACAUCAGUGCUUAAGGCUAAAAAACAUGCUCCAUGAGCUUAUAUGAUCUUCUUGAUACCGGAAUCUGUAUAAUUGCUUGUUGUUUUAUUUUUUUCCUUUCCCCUUUCUUAUAUAUCCUUAUUGAAAUAUAAACCGAAAGUAUUGUUUUGGCUCUGCUCCUUCAA